UUCGAGCGCAAUCCUUCAAAGCAUCCAGACGAGAAAGCCACGGAUUUUUGUAGGGCACUCGCUGAUCUAUGCGAAGAAGGCAGUUACCUAUUUGUCCAGUUGCAAACAUGUCUUCUCAUUCAGAAUCUGAAGAAGAAAAAGAAGUGCUGGAAGUAGAUGAAGCCUUUCAAAAAGCACAUUAUUACAUGGAGAAAGUUCAAAGCAUUUUAGAGAGUGAAUCUCUUCGUGUURAACAAGAAAAGGAAGCUUUCGAAUCAGUGGCCAAGAAGCUGAAGCAUGUCCACUUCUCUUCGACUGUAAAACUKAAUGUUGGCGGUCAAAUCUUUACUACAAGUCUGGAGACACUUAAAAAAGAUGCGGGGUCAAUGCUUAAUGCCAUGUUCUCUGGUCGUUUUGAUACCAAACCAGCAGAAGACGGUAGUUACUUCAUCGAUCGAGAUGGCACGUGCUUUCGUUACAUUCUGAAYUACUUGAGGACGGGGAAGCUAAUACUACCAGAAGACAAAGUUUUGAAAAAGGAGGUGUUGGAAGAAGCAAGGUUUUACCAAAUCCAAGGCAUCGUUGACAAACUUGAGCCAAAACCGUACAGUGAGUCAGUGAUUCUCUCGCAGGAAUGGCGCGAUUGGUUAGAAAAAGCUGUCGAUACAUCAUACGAUGAAUAUAAUCUUCUGUACCGUGCUUCUAAAAACGGCUGGGCUAGCAGCAAUUUCCAUUCUUGCUGUGACAAUAAAGGUCCUACGCUUGUGGUGGUGAAAUCUGGCAAUUACAUAUUUGGAGGGUAUACUGAAGAAUCCUGGGAUAGCACAAAUACAUACAAAAGAGAUGAUGCAGCUUUUCUGUUUAGCCUGGUAAAUCCUGCRGGUUUGCCAACCAARAUGGARGUCAAGGAGAACAUGAYCAAUGCSAUAUWUUGUAWCAGCRGCURUGGGCCAACAUUUGGAGGAGGGMAUGACCUACGUAUUGUAAACAACCCAAACGCCAAUARUUGURUAUAUWCCCUUGGUAYAACAUAUGAWWGUCCUGYAGGGCAAUCUGCGACGACAUUUCUAACUGGAAGUCARAAUUUUACUGUGARUGAAAUAGAAGUKUUCGAACAUGUAAUGCUGGGAUAAAMCCAACCAUUUUCAAGAAGUAAAUUGCUAAAUGUAACAGUUUUUUUCGUUGAAAUAAUUGUAGGUAAAUUUUGGCAGUGUACUGAUUGUACUAAAUGGAGAUCAGAGAAGAAGUUUUAGUUUGCCAUCUUAUUCCUUCAACAUUUCUCUUUGUUUCAGGAACUGACUUGUCUCACAUUUCUCUGGGGAUGGGAACUACAAAAUCGGGAAAAUUGUCAAUCAAAAUUUUAGUCCCCUUUGAAUAACUUACUUCUGUAGCCUAUGGCCCUUAAAGUCAAGUGAAUUGGAAAAAAUUAAGGCCACUCAUUUUUUCGCCAUUCUUUCGUCUAGAUUUAUAAUUAUUGCUCCCUUUACUGGAUUAUCUCUGCAUGUUAAAUCAGUCAGUGGCACGUCCAUGCACAACGACCCUUCAAUACCGACUAUUUUGCAUGCAAUUAAGAUUGAAUUGUAGUAGUAAAGAAGACCGAUUAAUUGAUGUUAUUGAACAAUUUUAUAUUAGAAGGUUGAAUAAAAAAAUAUUUGUUGACUUGA